GCGGCGCUCCGGAUGCGAGGCGGCCUCGGUCAUGCUGCGCGCGUUGAACCACCUAGGUGUGCGGCCCCCGGCCCCGCUGCUGCUACCCGCGCGGGGCCGCAAGACCCGUCACGACCCGCCGGCCAAGUCCAAGGUCGGGCGCGUGAGGACCCCGCCCGCGGUGGAUCCUACGGAGUUCUACGUGCUGACGGAGCGUUACCGACAGUACCGCCAAACGGUGCGCGCUCUCAGGCUGGAGUUCGUGUCCGAGGUGCGGAGGAAGAUAAAGGAGGCCCGGACCGGGGUCCUGGCAGAGCGCAAAGCGCUGGAGGACGCCACUGAACACCAGAACCUGAUGGCCUGGAACCAGGCGGAGAACCAGCGGCUGCACGAGCUGCGGAUAGAGAGGCUGCGACAGGAGGCGCGGGAGCAGGAGCAGCGGCAGGAGGAGGAGAAGGCCCGUAAGGCCCAAGAGACACAGGCCUGGGUGCAGCUCAAGGAGCGAGAACUGCUGCAGCUGCAGGAGGAAGCAAAAAACUUCAUCACGCGAGAGAACCUGGAUGCUCGAAUAGAAGAAGCUCUGGACUCCCCUAAAAGCUACAACUGGGCCAUCACCAGGGAGGGGCAGGUGGUCAGGCCGCAACGCAAGGGCUCCUAAGGGCCCAUUAAGGACAGUGCCUGCACAGGGACUAUGUGCAGAGGCGUAUGAGGGUUGAGUCUGACCUGGAAUAAAACAGUGGUGUUUCUUGUGAAGAAGGAAGCUCAGCCUAUUCCAGUGUGGCCCUCCUGUUCUGGCCUCUGCACCUACCACUUGGUCGGAAACUCCCAUACUCAGCGCCCUUUUCUGCCCCAUGUACAACUGUCGGACCCUAGAGGUGCCCAUCUUACAGAGGAGCAGAGGAGACCAUAGUCUCCAGGUCAUCUCCUGAGUAUCAUCAAGGGCGGUCAGUGGUUGGCAAGUUAUAUAGCCCAUGGGCCAAAUCUGGUCUACUACAUGUUUUUGUAAAUAAAGUUUUACUGGAAUACAUCCACAUCCACUCAUUGACUACUUGGUUGCUAAAAUGGCAGAGAUGAUUAGUUGCAACAGGGGCCAUGCAUGACUUGCAAAGUCUAAAAUAUUUGUUAUAUGGCUUUUACAGAAGUUUGCUAACCCCUGAUCUAGGGUUUUAGGGCUCCAGCUAGGAGCAGCUAUCACCUGGUAUCUGAGGCACAAGAUAACCAUUGGCCAAAGACCUGUUUCUGCCUGGCCAUGGGCUUUGCUGGCCAGGAUCUGGUGUACGUAACCCACAGAAGGCAAGGUGGAGACCCCAUUUCUUCUGGUAGCCCUUUCCACCCAUGGCCUCGGUGACCUACAUCUGCCCUGGCACUGCCAGCCUCCUUGGACUAUCCAGCAGAUGGGUGCUGGCAGGGGAGGCCUGGUUGACUCGGGCUUUACAAAGUCAGUGUAGUUUGUCAAGCACUUGAAUCAAACCCUGUAGGUACCACAAAUACUGUGAUUAAAGUUCACAAGACUGCCCUGGCUGGCUCAGCAGAUUGAGCUUCAGCCUGGAAACUGAACGGUCACUGGUUCAAUUCCCAGUCGGGGCACAUGCCUAGGUUGUGGGCCGGGUUCCUAGUGACGGAGGGAGGGGUGUGAAAGGCAACCACACACUGUUGUUUCUCUCCCUUUCUCCUUCCCUUCUCUGUCUGGAAAUAAAAUCUCCUUUAAAGGGUUCACGAGAUUGAAUAAGUGAAUAUAUAGAUCCGCGGCCCCUGUUUAGAGAGGCUGGGGAGCAUCAUGUGGAGGUUGAAGAGACAUGCUUCUCUGAGCCAGAGAGCUGCUGACCUUUGUCACUGUUGGCUUGAACUUGCCCAGAUACCAGAAGAAGGGGAAAAACUUUUUAAAA